UGUGUCCAGACCGGACACACUGUGUCGAAAAGGGUUAACCGAAAAAUACUCAAAAUAGAUAUUUACCGUUAAAAAUGAAACAAUGAAAAAAACUGAUUUUUAACAAUUAGAGAAAACUCAUUUUUAUACUUCCCGAUUAACUUAAAUUUUUAUCCACACUUUUCGUUUAAACGAAGCUCUAUUAAUAAAUGAUACUUAUUUGUGUUUAAGGCAAAAUUUCUUAUCCUGUUUUAAUUCUCAUCGUGUAAUUAUUUUCCUUCAUAACAUUUCGUUGUUUAAUUAUAUCCUUGUUAUGUAGCCAAUGUAAAUACAAUUAGUUUCUGGAAAAACGAACAUUUUUAAAACAAUAUAGAGCAAACGAGAAACUGAUUCUUGAACAACUUUGUAACUUUUUCUACUAAAAUCAUUUCAUUAUGAGGUCAUCAAUAUAAGAUUUUAACUAGAAGGCUCAUCUAAGCUUGUUAUUAAAGCAUUAUUAUGUAACAAUGCAAUAAAAGUCACUUAGUUAGUUCAAUUCCAUUAAUACACUUGUAUAUAAUAUAAAUGUAUGAAAACUGGACUUCACAUUUACAGGUUUGGCGGUUUCUAUCUAUUUUGUUCUUGGAACAGUGCUGAAUGAAAUAGUUAUUUUUUAUUUUCCUAAGAAGCAGAAAGAAAUUGGUAUAAUGGGUACCGUAGCCAUUGUGAGUGGGCUUGCUGGAUCAGUCACUGCAGGAUUCAUUCUGGAUUGGACUCACAAGUUCAAAGAAACCUCGGCCGGAAUAUGCGUAGCAUCGCUUUUAUCUUACUUGUGCUUUACUGGUUUACUUCUUGAAAACACGAUGUGGGUUCAAUUUAUCACCAUCGGCUUAGUCGGCUUCUUCUUAACGAGUUAUUUAGUUGUUGGUUUUGAAUAUGGAAUUGAAAUGACUUAUCCUGAGCCAGAAAUAGUAUCUGCAAGUUUACUUAACGUUUCAUCAAUGAUUUUUGGAAUUAUUUUGGUUGAACUGCUUUCUUUCAUAAUGACUAGAAUAAGUGUCUUCGCUUCCAAUGGAGCUGUGUGCUUUAUUCUAUUUUGCUGCAGCAUCCUAUCAGUUUUUAUGACAACCGACUAUAAGAGAAGCAAGAAAAAUGUUCUCAAGGCUAUUAAUGAAAUUUGAAGUUCGAUCGUUUCCUGAGGCAUGUUUUCUGAAAUUAUGUAGUAUAAUAACGUUUAAUGUGUUGUGUAACACGGAUGUCAUUUUGGGAAAUGAGCUUGGCAUAAAAUAAUUGAUGAUUUGAUAUAAACUUUAAAAAAGUGACAAGUGUUUUGUGAAUAGCAAAUUCUAACCUCAUCAGUGAAGAUCACACAGUUUCUUCAAAGAUAUACAAGGAGAAUAAAGAAGGCUGCAGUUACAUUAGAAGAUAUCGGUUGAAGAACAGUGUAGAAAAAUAAUUUCAGUUACAAUAGAAGAAAUCAUUUGAAGAACAGUUUAGAAGCAUCAUUGUAAGUACAUUAGAAGAGUCGUGGUAGUUACAUUAGAAGAACAAUUACAACAAAUUUCUUUCUUGAAAAUAACUUCUGGAAAAAUUGAUUAAGUUUUCAUUUAUUCAUGUAGAAAUUCUUUAAAAAAAACACUUUGGUAAUUGUUUAGCUCCAUUUUAAAUGAA